GACUACCGAAACACUUUUGACAUUGAUUUGACUUGCUUUGUUUGCAAUAAUUAAUUAACUGAGAACGUUAUCAACGUUUUAAUUGAAGUACUUUACCACAAAUCAAUUAACUGAGAUUAACAUCGAUCAGUAAAGCAAGCAAAAUGGAGGAAAAACCAAAUAGACGGGAAAUCUUAGAAAAAUCUGUAGAAUCAAAAAAAAAGAAAUGGACUGAAACUGAAAAGAAAACGUUACUCAAAGGACUUCAAGCUUAUGGACCAGAUGAUAUUUGUAAAUUGAAACAGAUAUUGCCAAAUAAAUCCUCGCUUGCUAUUCAACAAAUGAUUGAGAAAUACAGAGCUAUGGCUGAUUUAGGAAAGAAAGAUAUAAAUUCUCCAUUAGAUAUAUGGUUACGCAGUGGAUUGUUUAACAAAGAACAUCAAUUAGUUCCUGAAGCACUGUUAUUCAUCAGCUUGUUUGAAGAUCAUCCUCCUCCAGAAGAGACUGCAGGUUUCGAUCUCAAGCAAGCAUAUAACCUUUUGUAUGAAGCAACAAAAGGACAAAUAACUUCCAGUAUAUCUAGAAAAACAGGAGAAAUGUUUAGGGAUUUAAUAUUAACCUUGGAUAAAGAAAUUUGGCCUUCAAAUGAAUCUGAAACAACUGACUAUUUGGUGACUAAGUUAACCAGUGGUGAAGCAGAAAGAACAUACAGGAGAAAACGAAGACAUGAAAAUAGUUAAUUAUUUUAUAAAUAUCAAAACUUUUGUACAGAUGAUUUUUUUGAGAACCAAUUAAUAAAUAUACAAUAUUUUGUUAUAAA